AUGUGGUUUUAUUUCUAUACUUUAUUCAUACUUCAUAUAAAUGUAAAAUAUGUAAAUACAAAUGAAAAUGAAUUUCAUUUAUUUAUGGAUAAUCAAACAUUAUGUAAUCAUGGCAUAAUCAAUCUUAAAAAUAUUUCGACAUGGAAAAUCUAUUCUCAUAUUUAUUAUCAUGAGAGAUAUAUGUAUUUUUCUGAUAGUCAUUGUUCAUUGACAAUACAAACGAACAAACGUAUAUGGAUGUCAAUAGAAUAUUUUCAAUCAAAUUCAAGUUCAUCAUUUCCAAGAUGUACGGAAGCUAAAUAUGCAGGAAAUGAUGAUCGUUUACAAAUAAUUGAUGGUUAUAAAAAUGGUUCGAUUUUACGUAUUAUAUGUGGUAAAGAUACUGACAAACGUUUUGAUCGAACACCAUUAAUUCUUAAAAGUUCAAUAUUUACACUUGAUUGGCAAACAAAAAGUCAAUCAUAUGGUUUUAAAUUAAAAUUUGUUACAUAUGAUUUAUCAAUAGAUGGAAAAUGUUUAAAUUCAAGUCAAUUUCAUUGUAAUAAUAGACGAUGUAUUGAUAGAUCAUUAAUAUGUCUUCACGAAGAUUAUUGUGGUGAUAAUAGUCAGAAGAGUAGUUUAGAAGCAAUUAAUCAAUGUCCAUCGAUAGCUUCGAAACAGAAAAUAUUCAAUUGGCCAUUUAUGAUCAUUCCAAUAAUUAUCUGUUGUUUUUUAUUUGUAUUUAUUUUCAUAUGUCUUUUAAAAGUUUAUCGAAAACAAAAAAAGAAUAAACAAUUUCAUACUGGAUUGUAA